GAAGUUUACUACAGUGCCUAUGCCAGUUGAUUAAACUAAAUCCUUGAAUCCAUGUAGUACACGAAUAUCCAUAUCACCUAAUAAAGUCUCUUUCAUUCAGCCUUAAAGUUACCAAGGUACCCUGGCACCUCUCUACUUCCGACUCUUGCUUUUCGUUUUUAUGUUGCUCAAAACCUCUUCUUCUCUCUCUUCCAACCCUUUUUUAGUCCUCCACCACGUUCAUUGUUCCUAUCGCCUUUACUCUUUUUCUUUCCCUUCUCUUUGCUAUCCCAUGCCAUUGCUCACCUAAAUUUGACUAUAUUUUCUUAUAAUUCGUAAUCUAUUUUUCAUUUCUAGUUUUAUCAUUUUACCAUCUAUUACAUGUAACUACAGACAUAUUCUAUUUAUCCGACCAAUGAAACCCCGCGUUCACGUAAAACAAGUACAGAAACAAGAGAAGUAAGGGAUAACUAUUUACAAAGAGAUUCUAUGGGCCCGGAAUUUAUUAUAUCGCAUAUGGAUACUUGAAUUCUCAAGAUGGGCUGGUUGAGUUUUUUGUCAAAGAAGUCCCCCGUCAAUGAUCUGGGUGAUGAUCUCAAAGCACAAGCGUACGACGAGACGAUAGCCGCCAGUCCUCCCAUUUGUGGCACCUAUCCGGUAGCCGGCAAUGGACCCAGCAUAUUGGAGAAGUUCCAAAAAUCUCAUCCACAUUUGAGAGAAACUCAUCUCAACCAUCUGAAUGAUGUUUCCGCACCGCCUCCUGUGGUCCCCCGACUGGCCGAUCGUCCAAGUACAGCGCCUACCAACCAAGGAUCGGCUCGACCUAAAUCCCAAUCAAGUACCAUAACAAAACCACGACUGCGAGAACCUCCCAAAAAGCGACAUGGUCCUUACAAACUGCCUUCGAAGAUAUCAGAUGAACGCAACGACGAUAUCUUGAAUAAUAAUCUGAUUUAUACUGCACCUUCUCCAAAAUUUAAUCGCGACCGUAACUCUUCGAUAUUUAGUGGCGAUUCCGGCUCAACGAGGAGGUUUGUCGACCUCUUAGAUGCUCAAUCGUCAAUCAAGCCAGCCAACUUCUAUGGUCGUGUCAGAGCCACUGGCACCAAAGACUAUGAUGAAGAUGUCGCGGAUCGUAAUAUUCGCGAGAACGGGUUUGCUUUCGGCUCUGUGCAAGCCCAAGAAUCUCAUGCCGAGGUUCCCACUAUUGACCUUCGAGACGCCGACGAAGUCGUCGAUGGACCGCGAUCGUCAAGGAAAAGGCAUACUAUGAUAUCUGCGUCGCAGAGUAAGCCGGCCUCUUUUAAAAAUGAUGAAGCAUUCCCUAGGAUGGUGCCACUGCAAUUACCUCGCGACACUGUGAAACCAACGCAGAGAGCUCCCCGUCGGAAAUCGUUGCAUUCAUUUGUUCCCCCUUCCUCCUCGGACAUACCAAAUGUUCCUAUAAGGAAGGACAAUAAAGGUGUAAAUUCUGACUACCUCCCUAACUCUCCCCGAAAAGGGACGCAUUCUAUGGCUAGGGGAGAUCACGAAUACAGUUUAUCUACGGAAACUAAGCCAGUUCAAUCGCCGAGGAAAACCCACCCAACCUCGGGGUAUGAGCAGGAAAUAGACAGCGACAGUUCGUACCAUACACACGCCGAUCCUAAUUAUGUCCCUUCGAAGCGAGAGCCUCAGUAUCAAUCGCCAAAGGAUCCCUCUCGGCGCAGGACCCUCUCAAAUAUUUCUCCAACUAGCACCAACCAGCCAUUAAAGAGAGGGAGCAUACAAACUCUUCCAUCUUCCAGUCGCAGGGAGCCGGUUUCUGAAAUUGGUCUACCUAGCGCAGAAGAGAGCUUACGAGGGGAAAAUGAUCGCAAUUCUAUGAGGCGCCACCAUGGGACGGUCCCCGGUAUUCGCGAUGCAUUCUACGAAUUGCCACCGCUACAACCCAUAGAAACUUACAAGCUGAAGUCGAAUCGGAGUCGUCCUAAUAGUAAAGACGAAUUAAUGCAUCGUGAUCAUAAUCGAAGCAUUGCUUCCAUGUCCGCGAAGAGUAGCAAGCGCUCUGGGAUUACAGACACUGUUCCAGAAAGGGGUAGUAGCAUUCGCCGCUGGUCAUUGACCUCCGAGACGGCGGGUUCAACAAUGAGCUCGAAUCCCUUUAGGCCGCAAUCCGGACAUACUACAAACACUUCAGUGGACCUUGCACCUCAUGUACUACUGUCAAAAACUAUGGAUUCAGGCCAGGCGCCUUUAUCGCCUGGGGACGAACGCAUGGAAACGGAAAGUCAGUCGGAACUUGAAAUUGACGAGUCACCGUACCAAGAAGUCGACCCCGAUACAUUAGCAGGAUCUCUUGCUAAUUCCGGUCGGCGAAGGCGUUCCACAGAUUUGACUUUGGAGGAAGACGCGUUGUCGGUUGAUUCCUUUGAAGCCCCUCAACGUCCCGAGUGCGAAUUCGAGAAGGAUCUGCUUUUCCAUGGUUACGGAUUUGAGGGUUCGCAACUACCAGGACUUCCUGGACUAUUCGAUGCAGCAUUACCGAAAACAGAGUCUUCUCCAUCCGAGCGAACAAAGACGCUCUCUGCAUUUAGAGGCUCUUAUAACUUAGCUAGCUUCAGCACUCCUAGCCUUGAGGAGCUACCUCACACCAGAGAAUACCAGUACUCGAGCCGGUCCCUGCCGUAUACAUCUCUGCCAAGAUCAUCUCGUUUUCGAAAGCCAAUCUUGAACUAUACCGAUUCAGAGGAUGACGAUACCUCAGAGUUAGAAUACGACUCCGAAGAGGAUCUAAAUUUCGACAUUCCUUUGAAACGCUCGGGUGCAUCUCAGCACGAUUCUUAUAGCGGUAGACGGCGGUAUGAAGACGUCGCCGAGCCUAUUAGAGAAGGUGGCUCGGAGUAUCCUGAUGCCGGUAGGGUUGCCGUGCUUCGUAGGGAAGCCAAGGCAAAGCAGCGUGCGAGUGGCGUACUACCGCGCAAGGCAAAAGGUAAAGGAAGGGCGGCUGACAUCCGUUACCCAAGAAUUGGGUUGGAUGACCCAUUCAGUUAUGCGGAUGUGGAGUCAUGAUAUGAUGAGAAAUCAUUGAAAACACCGAUGAAGUAGCACAGCAGCUUGUGUCGCACACCCACAUGUUAAGAGGUUUUCACAGCACCUCUAUCCCCCUAUUACCCUGCGAAAGCAUCUCUCCUCAGAGUACGCGUAUGAUUUUAAUGAUUUUUGUUAUGGUUUGACACGUUUGGCGUAUGGAACUAGGUUCACUCCAGGCCCGGCGAGGCUCGAGUGCGUUUUAUACCCCGACGCUGUGGACAGGAUUAUUAGGUAGUGAGGCAUGAUGGGGUCAUGCCUUGAUUAUGAAGGGUGGCGGUAAUCUGAUUACAAUUUCGGUCAUCUACUUACGGAUAAGUCAUUUACUAUAUUAAUCUACAUUCACACUACUUCCCAU